CGCACGCUCACUGGCUCGUGGUUGUUCUUGUCCUCGGUGAUCGACAUGUCUCUCUGUCAGUCAGGAACAAAUCAGUGCAAUCUUCUGACGCAACUCCUGACUAACUGCCCUUAACCAGAUUCAGAUUGCGUUCCCCGUUUUGACCCCGAGUCUUGUCACUAUCAUCACUGAUCUGAUCACUACUCCCUUGUCCAUGGCUUGCAGAUUAUAUUGCUUUGGAAUCUGCAACUAAUGACUACAUUUAACCUAAUUUCAUCGGUUUCAUCUAAUUGCCGGGAUGCCUAUAUCUAUAUUAAAAAGACGGACUGAAGUCAAGCCCGAGACUAACGAAGAUCUGAAUCGUGACGAUGGCACAAGCCAUGUCCCCGCAACUUCCGGCGCGCCUCUUCUACCUCGCCCAGUGGCUUCCUUUGUGUCGCUGCUGACUCAAUCUACUUCGCUUUCUCUUCGCCUGGGAUCGUUCUUUGGUGGCGCUGCUCUUGACGGAGCGCGAGUCACUACGCUGACGGGGUUGGAGCUCAGCAGAGCCGUGAUCGAGGGGAUUCUGACAAGGGCCGGCCGAGAUGUGGCCUUCCGUAGCAGUGGAGAUCAUGGUAAAGCAGAGGCAGAAUCUUUGCUUGAAAGAAGCAUAGCAGCGCUACACACAACCGUGACCUCGGCAUCGUUCAUCGCCGCAGCAACGUUUCAUUUCUCAAGUACAACGCUUUCUUCGGCUUCUAAUCUAACCCAAACUCUUCUAUCCACUCUGGAUGCGAUACUUGGGUCUACAGAGUCCUCGAGAGCGAUUGCCGCAAUCAUAACUCUCAUUCGAAGGGAAUUCAGACGUCCCGAACUUGAUAUCGGUGCCGAAAAGAUUGGUGUUGGUGAUCUUCUGGUUGGAACUGUUGGUUUCGCCUUGCUACAGCGCUGGGGCAAAAAGAAUACAGAGAGAGAAAUACACGAAAACGGAGGCGAUGAGAUCAUCUGGGAUGUUGUCAUUCUAGACAAUGGGAGCAGGGCCGAUGUUAUCAGAACACAUCCCCUGAAGCUUACGAAUAAUCCCCAUACCGAUUUAAAUGAGUCGAAGCGUUCCUCCUUUAUGUCGCCUGGGAAUGAGGAAGGUUACUUCAAUGCGGUGCAACGUCGGCCAAGUAUGGUCGACGCCAUUGACGGACCUCGUCUCUCUCUUCCAUCAGAAGAUCAACACCAGAUGGAUGAAGACAUUCGAUUGCAUAUCAUGAAACAACUUCCCCGGGGUUGUCAUGCAUCUAUCAGAACCGAUUUACUUACGGCACGUACAAUUACCGUCGAUGUAUUCGAUGAUGAUACUGCAGAGAUUGCUGCUCCGCCUGGUACGAUGAUGAUCGAGGAAAAAUUUCAUCAGGAUAGAAGCAAUUGUCGAGAUGAGCUGGCUGAUCAUCGGCAUCUUCCAAAGCACACUGUUGUGUUCAGGACAGAAUUCAACAAGUCGCAAAGUGCGAAUGUGAGGCAUCAAGAAAGAGGUACUCCAGAAUCUACUGUGGAAGAUCUAACCGGUGCUCCAACAUCUCUUAGGAUGAUCGGUACUGGAGAUGAAGAGACGACACGAAAUAAUAGAUCUAAUGAACAACGUACAGGCAUACGAAAUAGCCAAAGCUCGAGUCACCCAUCUUUGGGCGCAUCGGAGACAAAUGUUAAGACUACAACUGGAAAAAGCUCUCUUAGCAAGUUUACUCAGAAAGUGAAGCCAUCUGGAAAGCCAUCGAUUACACCCCAAGGACAGUCUAACAAGGCUUCUAAAGGAUCGACUGCCGAUAAAAGUCUUGUGCCACGAAGGCUACCUUCCAAACCUGGCUCAGAAGGGAGAACAAACAAAACGGUUUCACCUUCCAGCAGUCAGGUUUCAUUCUUUUCAUCCCCUGUAGCAAACAGAGGAUUACCGAGGUCUCCAUUGCAAGAUUCUUCCCGAAUGAAAUCAACUGCCUCUUCAGCAGCACGUCAUGGCAACACUCGCGAUACUGGGACUGAUUAUUUUUCAGUCCGCGAAAAGAACCAGGAGUCCUACAUGGCACAUACAGACGCCUACUCCCGCCGUACAGGGGACAUACAUCCGGGAUCACCCGCGGCAACGAGAAAUCAUGUGCGUAGCAGCAGCUCUUUAUCCUUGACAAGAUCCGAGGCAGACAUGACCGUGUCCGUCAACAAUGAUAGCCGCCCCGGCUCGUCUUCGUUUCACAGAAGAAAAGAUUCAUUUUCUCCUAGCAUCUAUUCGUUGGCAACAGCAGGCUCGGAAACAUCACUCAUCCUAGCGCAUCGUGCCAGAAAGAGUGCCUAUGAAGAUGCGGCAACUAUACAAGCCCUAAACCGGGAUGGUUUAGUUCCUGGGAUUUUUCCCGAGAUGCAUUUCGUGAAGAACAUCCGACGCUUCUGUCGAUUUUCUUUGGCAUCGUAUGGAUCAAAUGCGCUCAAAGUGAUGGGUGUCCCCAAAACUCCCAAUAGCCUUCCCUCCCAAGAAACCCACAGUCAGGAGCACAGUGAUUUCUCAAACCAUGCUGGGCUGCCAGCAUCGACGAUCCUCCUGUCAUCCUUUGUGGACCCUGCAGGUGGCACCAAUGCUGCUGGAGAAACGGAGACUGGAUUCCCUCUCGUUCAUUACCUCUGCUUAGACCAUGAAUCGAAGGCGAUUGUCCUUACGCUGAGAGGAACAUGGGGAUUUGAAGAUAUCCUUACAGACAUGACUUGUGACUAUGAUGAUCUCGAAUGGCAAGGCAAGAGUUGGAAGGUUCACAAGGGGAUGCAUGCGUCUGCAAAACGUCUUUUGGAAGGAGGAGGCGGUAGGGUAAUGAUCACCAUCAGAGCUGCUCUGGAAGAAUAUCCAGACUAUGGGGUUGUUCUGUGCGGUCAUUCGUUAGGAGGUGGGGUUGCAGCUCUCCUCGCAACCAUGAUAUCAGAACCCAGCAAUGAAUCAUCUGGAACUUCAUUUGUGACCGCUUCCUAUCAAUCAGUCACCAGGCGUCUGCUUUUGGCGCAAUCGAGCGAACACGACACUCAUACAGAAUAUUUCCUCCCUCCCGGACGUCCCAUCCAUGUCUACGCGUACGGCCCUCCUGCGGUGAUGUCGCCAUUUUUGCGCCGUGCAACGCGCGGGUUGAUCACCACCGUUGUGAACGGCCAAGACGUCGUACCGAGUCUUUCUCUAGGCAUUCUGCAUGACAUGCACAUGGUCUCCCUUGCGUUCAAAAACGACAUUUCUGAAGCAAGGUCCAACGUGCGAGGCCGUGUCUGGGAAGGGAUAAGGCACAGCAUCGUCAAUAAAUUCUACGUCAAUGAGCCGCCAAUGCUUGUCCAAGCCGGUGACGGGGUCGGCGAAGAUGCCUGGGCAUGGAAAACACUCAAGGGACUUCGUGCCGAUCUGCUUGCCCCCAAGCUCAUGCCACCAGGCGAGGUAUUCGUCGUCGAGACUAUGCGUGUUUUGAAACGAGACGCCUUCACAUCCGGUCUGCGUGAAGACGGCUACCCACUACUCGGACGGCCUGCUACAAGGGUGCAAUUGAAAUUCAUCAGAGAUGUCGAAGCCAUGUUCGGGGAGCUGAGAUUUGGCUCAGGGAUGUUGAGCGAUCACAACCCGGCAAGAUACGAAACUAGUCUCGCUGCCCUUGCGCGAGGCAUUCUAGACGAAUAACGUGUUACGAACUAUCUACAAUGCGACCUAAUAUUGGACGAUAUAGACGGUAUAAGGGCAGAUCCUAUGAUUUUGGUUAAACAUGAUGGGGAUACUACAUACAUAUCGAGAUACCAGGCGCUUCUUUAACUUGUUUUCUUGUUUUCUUGGGGUACUAUACAGACUGUUUAUACAUCUUAGAUUUAGAAAUUAUAACCUCGGCUUCAGGACAGCCACUUCGAUGAGGAUGUCCGGCUUUCUUGAUA